CAGAAUCGGAAGUGCGUCCUACGUAGGUGAUGACGAGCAUUGUAAACAACGGCGAGCGAGUUAGCUUGUAAAAGUUAUGCAGCCUCAACAGUGUCUGACCUGAAGCUCCACGAUGCUGUGUGAAAUCCUCCUGUCGUCACUAUGGUUCCUGUUUGUGAUCUUCUGGGCCGAGACAAUAAGCGUGUGGCUGUUUUUAUUCAUGUUUUACCAGGAUCAGGCCUUUUACCACUGGGGAGAUAGGUUAUUUGCAGACGAUCCCGGGCAGAUGAUUUACAUGUUGAGCAGAGUUGAGAACACAGCAGAGACCGAGCCACAGACCUGAAAUGGAAAUAUGUCAAGAACUUUAAAGAAGACAGUGUUGCUCUCAUGUUACUGAAGAGCCAAUGAAAAAAAAAGCCAGUUUCUCUUUGCUUCAAAUGUACUCUUAUCAGUUAUCUGGGCAGCAGAACAAUAUAAAAUAUGCAAAUCUGAUUCUCACAUGAGCUCAAUGCAGCUUUGUUUUACUUUUUUUUUUCCUUCACUCUAAACUCCAUUUUGCACUUGCACUGAGACCAUUUCUGUCUUUUGCCUUCUCUAUGCAAUCAUUGUUUGCUAGUUGCACUCAUAUUUGUGUUUUUGUGUAGUAAAUUGCAGCCAGUCUGAUGUUUUAAGGCCUUUCAUGAUUUGGCCUACAACUUGUAAGCUUAUCAAAGCAGAGUAAUGAGAGUUUCUAUUUUGAAUCAAUGUUUGUAGUAUUAUCCUGAGUUUCAACAGAAAAGCAGUGGAAAUGAACAUAUUGUUGUUGUUUUUUUAAACCCGAUGGUUCACAAAUUAUAUUUCUCAUGUGUCUUGUUUAUGCAUGUGUGCUUUAUGGCAUGUUAAUUUUGUUCUGUUGUCCACUUUCAGCUGAUCAACUGAAAUUUCAUGCUGACAUCAGCGAUGACUUGUGUGUAAAACAGAAACACUUUUUUUUUCUUAAAUCAAAAUGUGUAUCACAUUUCCUCCUCUCCCCGACUGAUGUGUAGCAGCAUGUUUUAGUGUCUUUUUGUAACUACAACAAAUAUUAUUUUGUUAUGUAUAUUGAGUUAUUAAAUAAAACUACGUUCGAGUUUGACUGACGCGUUCCCGUUUUAUGCCACUCCGAGACAGCAGGGGUCGCUCUCGAUAAAGGGAGCCCUUUUCUGUCUGCGGAGGUUUUAUCACCGGUUCCUCCUCUACAUCCUGUUUUGUCGUGAGGAGCUAAAAUAUGCGUCGUUUGCUGCUUUGUUAGCAGCAACGCUUACACGUUGUAGGUUGUGCGAAGUCGCGUCGUGUGGAUUUCGGUCUCAUCUCCAUAAGCAAGCAGCUUCGGUUUGAGUUGCGAGGGGGAGGUCUCGUCGCAAACAUGGCUCCCACGAUCCAAACUCAAGCUCAACGGGAAGACGGCCACAGCAGGCCCUCUUCACACAGAACAGUGCCAGAACGGUCAGGGAUUGUUUGCAGAGUAAAGUACUGCAACAGCCUGCCCGACAUCCCGUUUGAUCCCAAAUUCAUCACCUACCCGUUCGAUCAGCACAGGUUUGUCCAGUACAAAGCCACUUCUCUUGAGAAGCAGCAUAAACAUGAGCUCCUCACUGAACCGGAUCUCGGGGUCACCAUUGACCUCAUCAAUCCAGACACCUACCGCAUCGAUCCUAACAUUCUUUUGGACUCUGCUGAUGAAAAACUCUUGGAAGAAGACAUCCAGGCUCCAUCCAGUUCCAAAAGGUCACAACAACAUGCCAAAGUGGUACCAUGGAUGAGAAAAACAGAAUAUAUUUCCACAGAGUUUAACAGAUACGGCGUUUCUAACGAGAAAGUGGAAGUCAAGAUCGGCGUAUCUGUUAAGCAACAGUUUACUGAAGAAGAGAUCUACAAGGACCGGGACAGCCAGAUUUCUGCCAUUGAGAAGACGUUCGAGGAUGCACAGAAAUCGAUCACGCAGCAUUACAGUAAACCCAGAGUCACUCCUGUGGAGGUCUUGCCUGUGUUCCCUGACUUUAAGAUGUGGAUCAACCCAUGUGCUCAGGUCAUCUUUGACUCUGAUCCUGCACCUAAAGACAUAUCAGGGCCAGCUGGUGUGGAAAUGAUGUCUCAGGCUAUGAUCAGAGGAAUGAUGGACGAGGAGGGAAAUCAGUUUGUGGCCUACUUCUUGCCCAACGAGGAAACGCUUCGCAAGCGGAAGAGAGACUUCGAAGAGGGAGUGGAUUACAUGGCUGAGGACCUGUACGAUUACAAGAUCGCAAGGGAAUACAACUGGAACGUCAAGAACAAAGCCAGCAAAGGUUAUGAGGAGAAUUACUUCUUCAUCUUCAGAGAUGGCGACGGGGUUUACUACAACGAGCUGGAGACAAGGGUACGCCUGAGUAAGAGGAGAGCCAAGGCUGGAGCACAGUCCACUACAAACGCUGUGCUGGUGUGUAAGCACAGAGAUAUGAAUGAGAAGGAACUGGAGGCACAGGAAGCACGUAAAGCUCAGCUGGAGAACCAUGAGCCCGAAGAUGAGGAAGAAGACAUGGACAUGGACAAAGACAUGCAAGAUUCUGGCGACGAGAAAGAAAAGGGCAGCGGCAGCGAGGCAGAGAACUCCGGCAGCGAAUCCGAGAGGGAAGAGGAAGACCAGGAGCAGAGCGGCGAAGACGACGAAGAGGACGAGGACCGGGUUAAGAGGCGGAGGAAGGUCAGCGGCAGCGGGAGCGAGAGCGGCGAGGAGAGGACCCGGGAGUUGCGAGACGAGGUGGAGAUCUUCGGCAGCGACGACGACAGCGAUGACAACGAGCCCAAGAACUCGGCAAGGAGCAGCGGCGAGGAGGGCAGCGGCAGCGAGGAUGAGGCAGAGCACAGGCGAAGCCGCAGCGCCUCCCCAGCACACAGCGACCACAGCAGCGAGCGCUCAGAGACCCACGCUCCGAGCGGAAGUGAGAGGGGAUCGGACUCCUCUGAGGCCAGCGACAGCGAAUAAGACCCUCAGUCUGCUUGAGCUUCACGUUCAACUCCAAAACUUGACCUUCUCACCCUGCCGGCGAGCCCAAAGCGUCGUCGACGUCCAUAGCUACUUGAUGCACUCUUUGCAUUUGAACUCAAUCCGUCUCCUUUUAGUCUAGAUUUUAUUUGUAGAUUUAGAUCGCAUAGUAGUAGCUGGAUUUUGUUGUCGCCACUGAUCUCUUCAGGAUUGUGUGUAAGAUCAUGUAAAAAUUAACUUUGUUCUCUUCAUGUAUAACUUACUAUACCGAUACCGCUUUUGAAAUGGAUAAUAAAUCACUGGUUACAUUUUGGUCAUAAA